GUGCGAGGGCAAAGCUACCAUCGCGCGGGACAAAGGGCGCGCGCCUGACGCGGCCGGGCUGGGUCGCUGGAUCGGAGGCAAGUUGAGGGGGAGUCCCUGAGGCGUCUAGCGGCAGGCGCCGGGAGAGGGCUGGAAACCGUGAAGUCUUUCUCGCUUUCUUUGCCCCACCCGGACUCUUCCCCUUCUCAAGAAUCAAGAUGGGAGGCUCCCCUGUUGGGGAUGGGACUCUGUCCCUGGACGGCUUCAACGCCUCCGCGACGGCGCUGGUGAAGAGGUGGAAGGAGAUCGAGGUCGACGAUUCCCUCCCUGACUGGACAUGGAAGCCCUGCAGCAAUUUGGGGGUGCCGUCCCAGGUAGAGGGGUAUCUGGCGCUGGAAGGAGUGUACCGCGAUUGUGGAGGGAGCCAGAUUGAGGAGGAGGACAGUUCUGACGGUGCAGACGUUGGGUAUGAUACUUGGGUCCAGAGCUCUAGUGAUAAUAUUCACGUUUAUGAUUUCCAUGUUGUCUAUAGCCACUCUUACAAGGUUCCGGUGCUAUACUUUCAGGGUCAUCGCUCUGAUGGGCAGCUGCUAACAACAGAUGAGAUAAAACAAGACCUUCCUUCCAACUCUCUUAAAGUAUUAAGCGAGUCAAAGUGGACGUUUAUUACUCGAGAGGAGCACCCCCACUUAAGCAGGCCAUGGUUCACCUUGCACCCCUGUGCAACCGGUGAUUGGAUGAAGCUACUUCUUGAAGAAAGUAAAGUGGCGUAUGAGGAACAAUCACCGCGAUAUCUACCGGCAUGGUUAUCUGUGGUUGGCCAGGCGGUUGGACUGAAAAUCCCUCUUGAGCUUCAUUGCAAGUCAUAGGUCAUGGAAGGAAUGGAGUGCAAGGUCAUGGAAGGAAUGGAGUGCGAGAGUCUUCAGGAAGCAGAAUUGGAACCUUUAGCGCUGCUGCAACAGAUCAAGCUAGAGGGGGGAAACUGGAUUGCGGCGGGAGCAGUUCAGUUGGGUUGCUUGUUUGUGACAUAGUUAACAUGCAGAGCACCCUUCGUUCACCAGUUGUAAUCACUUGCGUAAUAUAGCUCUAGUCGAUUGGGGUGUUUUAACGCACGAUUUGUCGUUGCACAUUGUAACCUAUGUUCUUUUCUUAGUAUAAAGAUGUGCCGCUCUCCUGCAUAUUCGAGAAAAAUUAUAAGGUCAUGGAUAUUUCUGACUCUAGAUACACUUGCCCGCCACCUUUCUGAAAUGUUUUGGUAAA